GCGCAGGCGCGUGGCGGGAUCUCGGGGCGGUGCUGGCGGGCCACGCGCAGGCCGGCGGGCGCGCUCCGUCUCGCGCUGGGCCCGCCCCCCCGCCCAUUGUCCUGGCGCCAUGUGACCGGGGCGGUUGGAAAGCGCGUCCUCCCCUCGCACCGUUAUUAGUGCUGAGUCACGGCGCGGCGCUGCCUGGGGCCGCGGGGAGCUCGGUGGCUGUCGCAGCGCCAGGCUUCCCCAUGGGGACGGACGGCGUCCGCGCUCUGCUGGAGCAGGCAGGCACCCUCACCCUGCAGACCGGCAACCUCCUCAACUGGGGCUGCCCGCGUAAGAAGUGCCCGUCCACCCCCGCCGAGGAGGUGCGGGACUGCAUUCAGAAUACACUGACUAAAUGGAGCUCAAAGAUUGGGCAAGAUCUGAAUCAGGAAAUACUGGAGGUUCUGGAAUGUAAAGCAGACUCAGCUAUAGAAAAAAUAAAUCCUGAAGAAAGGGAUGAGUUGAAAGUAUCAGCGAAGCUUUUCAUCAUUGGAUCAAACUCUUCAUCAAUCAGAGAAGCAGUUGACUUGGCAUGUUCUACCCUUGGAGUUGCUCAGUUAGACUCGGUCAUUAUUGCCCCACCUCCUGUCGAAGAUGGAAAUAGCCUUUCGUUGGAGUAUCUGCAGCCUUAUUGGCAAGAACUUGAAAAUCUAGUUCAAAACGAAAAGAUUGUUGCUAUAGGUACUUCUGACCUAGAUAAAACACUGUUAGAGCAGCUGUACCUGUGGGCACAGGUGAAGCCAAGUAGUAAUCAGGUGAACCUAGCUUCCUGUUGUGUGAUGCCACCUGAUCUCACAGCAUUUGCAAAACAGUUUGACAUACAGCUGUUAACUCACAAUGACCCAAAAGAAUUACUUGGUGAAGCAAGUUUCCAAGAAGUUCUUCAGGAAACCAUCCAGAACAUGAAAGCACAUGAGUGGAUUCCUUUAUGGCUUCUCCGGUAUUCAGUCAUUGUUAAAAGCAGAGGAAUUAUCAAGUCCAAAGGCUAUAUUGUGCAAGCUAAAAGAAAUGCCUCUUAAACCACUUCCUUUUUAUUUUUUUUCUUCUUUUUUAGUGGCUUACUGUUUCAGUUUCUUGGGGAUGGGGAGGAUAUUGCUUUUUUCAUAAAACACAUUUACAGCAUUUGUAACAAAGACCAAAAGUUGUAAUUAUUCAGUGUGUUGUCAGCAGGAGUGUUUGCAGUGUUCCGAUACUUUUUCUUUCUUAACCUAUUGACCAGUUAAUUUAAGAUAUUAAAUGUUUGGGGUUUGUUUUUAAUUGAAAUUAUCUAUAAACAGUUUAAAAUAUUUUUUUGUAUGACCAGUUCACUGUAAAAUUAUCAUUAUAUUUUAGCUGCCAUUUAGGUAAAAUAGAGAAACUUAUAUUUUUAUUUAAAAUUAAUUUCUCUUAAAAGUUACUUAUCUGACAGGUACAUAGACUUCAAGCAUUUAAGGACUAGUUUUUAUAGGAAAUAGUCAUCUUUUCUGAAAAAUUAUCCCAAAAAAUUAAACUGGUAUCUCAUUACUUGGUAUGUAUAUAUAGGCAACUCGGCGGUUUCAUUUGUGUGGAUGGGAACAUCGCUUUCUUUUUAAUAUAGUGUAAAAGACCUCUAUGAUUUAGAAAAAAAUGCAUCUUCAGAAUUACUUUCUGAUUGUUAACUUGAAUUCCUUCUGGCUUCUUUGUGCCUUAAUAUGCUUUGUUUAGUGUUUGCACAAGUGCGAUAGCAUCUUUACCAUUGGAAAUAGAAAAUGCAUUACUGUGUGACUGUUUAAAAUAAGAAUUGAGAACAAGUGAUGAAAAAUCUGCUUAUCAGAAGUUGAAUUGUGCCUGUCUUCUUCUCAACUGAGGCUUGUUUUUUUGAUACUCGUGAACUAACUACGCACUCAGAAUCAGCCAAGUCAUAACAGUAAAUACCGAAGUUGUUCGCUGUAGGAUUGUGUGAAAUGGAUGACUUGUUUUGGGGUUGUCUGGGAAACUUCGUUGCUUGAGUGCCAUUCAGAAAUGAUGCAAGCAAGGGUUAGCUUGACAUUAGGUGUAUAUCUGUUGGCAGCAGCUUAAUGCACUGGCUUUUGAAUCUUGGAGAGGCUGCUGCAGCUAAGGAAAGGCUUCUGGUUUAAUGUAGUCUUUCUGUCAAAAAGGCCUUUUCAUUUCCUUGGCCUUUAAAUCAGAAUAACUAGCAAAAGCUCAACUUGUAGUUCAGCAGGAGCUUGAUACUUAGUGUCUAAAAUACUUACUUUCCUUUUGAUUUCAGACAGGAGUGGGGUUUCAUACUCGUAGUCCUCAAUGUAGCUGUAUGUGUUCUGAGAUUUGGGACUGUAAGGGAAUGAAUUUCCACCAACAUCUUUCACAUUCUGCCAUGUGGUUAGUGGAAGCUGAAUGCUCGUAGGCAGUGUCCAGAGUGUCGUUCCUGUACUGUCCCACUAUGGUAAACGAUUCAUAUUUUUCAAAAUACCUUCAGAGCCCUCGAAUAUCUCUAGGUGGCAAAUACUUCUUCAGUUCUUUUGAUAAGAGAGAGAGGGUACUAAAACUAGUAAUGCAUCAAUAAAAGUUUUUUUUUUUGAUAGAAUUAUAGGGGUUUUUUAUGUUGGGUCAUGGUGUAUCAGAGUUAAAUAAUGACAUGAGUUUCAUUUUAAACUUCCCUACCAGCUUUGAGUUGUAUGCUGCUGCUGAUUAACUGAUGUCUGUAAAUUCUGUCUCUGUGUUUGGCUCUUGACAUUCUGUGUUGUAUUAUUCAUAUCUGUGCUCAGUUUUAUCAAUGGAAAUGCUACAAAACAAGAGUUGUGUUAAAGCAUUGUACGGGCUGCGCUAGUAGGAUAAUUAUUUAUUUCCUUUCUGUAAACUGUUAACAGUUUGCUUGCUGUAGAAAAGUACCCUUUAAGACAGUAUGAUCUUAUUUUUCUAGAGUUUCAGUGUAUAAUAACGUUUUAUCAGAUUAUCUUAUUAAUUUGUUUUGCAUCAAACAUGGAGAGAUGUGAUUUCCUUCCAUGAGGAACUUGAAAUUUGAAUUAAAAUUCGACAUUCUUGUA